GAGCGUAAGGGCUGUCCCGUCGUCAUCCCGGUUACCCGACCGGAAACGGCUCCACGGAGUUUCUCGCUUCGUCGAUGCACAAAGAGCUUUCGUGACGGGGCGAUCGAGCGUGACGAGGAUUGUACGCGGUGAGAAAAUGAUGCCAGACCGUCGGACGAUUGUCCUCUUCCACUGAGGGGUACAUCGCUUUCUCGUGUGCUCUCGCCGUUCGUAAGAAGAGGACAGGAAGAAGGAAAGGUGAAAACGCUGAACUUUAUCAUCGCGAGGAUGACGCGCCUCGUCGUCGCGCACCGACUCGUCCUGCUCUUGGGCAUCUUCCUGAUGAUGAUCCAGGCCUCGCCGGGAUACAACGUUCUGCUGGCCACCAUGGGUGGCACCAAGUCCCAUACGGUGCCCUUCGUCGCUCUCGGUACGAGCCUGAGGUCGCGGGGUCACAACGUCACGCUGCUGAGCGCUUUCUCCGGUCCAGCGGCGAAUAAUGGUCUUCACGAACUGGUGCCGUCCAUUCUCGAGGCUUAUGUAGAAAAUUUCACUUCCGAGUGGGAUCUGGUGGGCGCUCGGUUCAGGAACGAGUUUCCGGUUUCACCGUGGGACGUUAUAAGAUACGCCUGGAAGUCGUGCGAUUCGCUGCUACACGACGCAACGUCGAUAGCCGGCCUGAGAAGACCGAACGGCGACCCGCACCGCCGAUGGGACGUCGCGGUACUCGACGGGGCUUAUCCCGAGUGCCUGUUGGCGAUCCUCCACGGCGAGAACGUACCGACGAUAAUGCUGAACACGGUCGCGUUAUACAGCGUAUCCAUCGCGCAACAAGGCAACCCGUCGCCGUGGUCAGUGACACCGUUCUUCGGCGGACCAGUUACGCAAGACAUGACUUUCUUCCAGAGGGUCCUAAACGCGGCGGUCCUAUUUGGCAUGAAUCUAAUGCAUUGGUUCACGCUUACGGUCUUUCUGCGACCGACUCUACAGAGAUAUCUCGGUAACCAAAUACCCGACUUGUACAGUCUGACGAAAGAAGUCCCCUUGACAUUGCAGAACAGUCAUUACAGCGUGGGAGAUUCCGUACCGUACAUGUCGAACGUCGUGAACGUGGCGUGCCUUCAUUGCAGACCAGCGAUGCAAUUAAGUUCCGAUCUGGACUCUUUCCUGCAACGCGGCUUCGUGUUCGUUUCGAUGGGAUCGUCGGUACGAGCUUCCGGAAUGCCGGAGGCUCUACGGCAGAUCUUCGUGACGGUCUUCUCCACGCUACCGUACAACGUCGUCUGGAAGUGGGAAGGUGGCAAGAUCAAGAAUCUACCGGCGAACGUGAGGACGGGCGCGUGGUGGCCGCAGCAGGAGCUACUCGGUCAUCCGAAGCUGCGCGCCUUUGUUUCCCACGGCGGACUGUUAUCCCUGCACGAAGCGGCUUAUCACGGUGUACCGACACUGGUUCUACCUGUCUUUUGCGAUCACGAUGGCAACGCGGCCCAAGCUGAAAAAUUGGGCUACACCCUGGUGAUGGAUUUGGCCGGUAUAUCAAUUGGCGCGCUUCGUGACGGUAUACUCAAAGUCGCUACGCUUCAUAAUAACUCGUACAGAGAGGCGGCUAAGAAGAGGAGCGCAUUGCUGCGCGACCUUCCGAUCGGACCUAGAGAAUUGGCCACGUGGUGGGUGGAACACGUAGCCAAGCACGGUGGAGCCGAUCAUUUGAAGAGCUCAACCAGAUACAUGGGAAUGAUGCAUUAUUACAGCCUGGAUGUCGCGAUAUUUUAUAUGUUAAGCGUAAUUCUGAUAAUUUACGGACUCAAGAAAUGGUGUUGGCGAGCAGUGAUCAGCCAGGACUUCUUCAAGAAAAAAGUAGACUGAUCGAUCAUUUCCCGGGGUCUUUCGCCAAAUCUCUGUUAUUUAUUAAACGUAUAUAGGGUAUAACCUCUUAAUAUUAAGCAUAUUUAAUUGGGUUAAAAUGGGAUUUAUAAAUAUCGGGAGAAAGAAAGAAAGAA